AUGGACCCACACAAACAACUUCUUCAAGAAGCUGAGACGACUAAGAAGUUUGCUUUUGUUGGCACGGUUGUUGGGUAUGUUUAGCAUUACUUUUUGAGCAAGUUAUUCCUCAAUAUAUCAACAUGCUUUCUCUGAGUCUUAGGUUACUUUUCAGCUAUUUUAUUAGAGUAAAAUACGAAAUUGAUAGUAGAGCUCCGGCUGCAUUUUUUAAAUGUUUUAACUUCUGCUCCGGCUCUUGUUCUGAAGCUAGAGCCGUGCCAGUUUGUUAUAGGCUUUUAGACUAAAAUUCUAAGCUUUACCAAAUUUCAGAGUUGCCUCAAUAGUAGUAGCAGCUCUGUUGAUUCCAGCUUUGUGUACGUAUCUUCAACAUGUCCAGAUUACCUUAGAAGAUGAAUUGUCAUUCUGUCAAACUCAAACUCGCAUAUUGAAAGAUCAAUUCGAGCUAAAGACAGCUGGUGCUAGGAGAAUGAAAAGAGGCGGUACUGCUGUCCAAGUGGAGCCACAUUACCUAAAUAGAGCCAUUUAUGUUGGAGAAGGAGCUCAGAAGGGCAGGCCUAGAACUCAUGCUGUUAAGAUUGAUGUUGUUCAUGAGGAUGAUGCUUUGACUGACUUUAGUCGAGGCAAUCGUCAGGCUCAAUAUAGCGGUUACAAUGCUGUAAGUUAAAUUUGUAUUGUUAGGUAAUAUACCUACAGUAUAGCUAGUGUUAUAUUAUUGUAUAAGGUAUUACCGUAUCAUACUAUAAAAUUAUCAAUACACGUUGUUUUAGGCCGGAGAAGGCGCACCAAAGCCAUCUUCAACAUCAUCUCACGCUUCGUACAACGCGUACAAUGAAGACGGUUACGGUAAAUCAGAACCAGCCGCCCACGCUGAAUCAGUUGAAUCUGAACCCCACGCUGAAGCAGAAUCUAAUACAGACUCAGAAUCUCACGCAGAAUCUGGUCAAUGCUCAUGCGGAGUUGGAGCAGCUGGUGCACCAGGUCAACCAGGCCCAGACGGAAAGGACGGCCAAGAUGGUGAACCAGGAAAACCAGGAGAGCACGGUAGCGACGCUAAGCCUGUAGCCAAAAUGCAGCCAGAAGACUUCUGCUUUGACUGCCCAACUGGCCCACCUGGACCAGCCGGAACUGCCGGACCAAAAGGACCAAAUGGUGAAGAAGGACCAGCUGGACAAAACGGAGAACCAGGCUCACCUGGCCCACAAGGACCACCAGGACCAGAAGGCACCCCAGGCAUGGCUGGAUCACCUGGAGAUAAAGGAGCUGCUGGGGUACCAGGUGAAGUUACUCAAGGCGAAGCUGUGGCUGGUCCACCUGGACCAACAGGACCAGCUGGGCCUGCUGGACCAACUGGUCCUGCUGGUUCUAAUGGUAAUCCUGGAGCUCCAGGAGAAGCUGGACCAAUUGGCGAUGAAGGUGCUCCAGGUCGUGCUGGAGGCCUUGGUGCACCUGGAUCGGCUGGUAUUGAUGGGGAACGUGGAGCAAAGGGAUCUUGUGAACACUGUCCUCCACCUCGUACUGCUCCUGGGUACUAA